AAAAAAAAAAAUCACAGAGAUCGUUUUCCCACACAGACCAGUACUGAGAGGAGAGCAGAGAUAUCGGCAAUCAAGGCUAUGGCGGUGGCACGAAGGCUUGCGUCCUGUCUCCUCUCCAGCUCCCUCUCCGCUUCUUCUCCUCGCUCCCUCACCUCUCUGUUUCGCGGAGACCAAUCACGAGCCUCUGCGUCGGAGGUUCUUCGAAGGUUUAGCACUGCAGCUGCAGUUGAAGAACAUAUCACACCACCAGUUGAUGUACAGCACACACAGCUUCUGAUCAACGGGCAAUUUGUGGAUGCAGCAUCAGGUAAGACAUUUCCAACAUUAGAUCCUAGGACCGGGGACGUGAUUGCCUGUGUCGCUGAAGGAGAUGCCGAAGACAUCAACCGCGCCGUAGCUGCUGCUCGCAAGGCAUUUGAUGAAGGACCAUGGCCCAGGAUGACUGCUUAUGAAAGGUCACGCAUACUUCUGCGGUUCGCGGAUUUGAUGGAAAAGCACAAUGAUGAGAUCGCGGCACUUGAGACUUGGGACAAUGGGAAGCCUUAUGAACAGUCUGCCAACAUAGAAGUUCCAAUGCUGAUCCGUCUGAUGCGAUAUUAUGCUGGUUGGGCAGACAAGAUACACGGUCUCGUGGUGCCAGCUGAUGGUCCACAUCAUGUCCAAGUCCUGCAUGAGCCAAUUGGUGUUGUCGGCCAGAUUAUUCCAUGGAACUUUCCACUUCUUAUGUUUGGCUGGAAGAUUGGCCCGGCAUUAGCAUGUGGGAACACCAUCGUAUUGAAGACUGCAGAGCAAACUCCUCUAUCUGCUCUUUAUGUGUCUAAACUAUUGCAUGAGGCUGGGCUUCCUGAGGGUGUUCUAAAUAUAAUCUCUGGAUUUGGUCCAACCGCUGGUGCAGCUCUUGCAAGUCACAUGGAAGUUGACAAGCUUGCUUUUACUGGAUCAACUCCUACUGGCAAGAUUAUUCUUGAAUUGGCUUCAAGAAGCAACCUCAAGCCAGUUACGUUAGAGCUUGGAGGCAAGUCCCCUAUGAUCAUAAUGGAUGAUGCAGAUGUGGAUCAGGCAGUAGAGCUUGCACAUUUUGCUUUGUUCUUUAAUCAGGGACAGUGCUGCUGUGCAGGGUCUCGUACAUUUGUGCAUGAAAGGGUGUAUGAUGAGUUUGUUGAGAAAGCAAAGGCUCGCGCUUUGAAGCGUAUUGUUGGUGACCCUUUCAGACAAGGUGUUGAACAAGGUCCUCAGAUUGAUGAGGACCAAUUUCGAAAGAUCUUGGGCUACAUCAAAUCUGGCACUGACAGUGGUGCCACCCUUAUAGCGGGAGGUGACAGGCUUGGCAGCAAAGGCUACUUCAUUCAACCUACCGUCUUUGCAGAUGUGAAGGAUGAAAUGAAAAUAGCUCGGGAGGAGAUAUUUGGACCAGUUCAAUCAAUUUUAAAAUUCAGCGAUCUAAAUGAGGUCAUACGGAGGGCAAACGCCAGUCACUACGGGCUGGCUGCUGGAAUUUUCAGCAACAACAUGGACACUGUCAACACAUUGAUGCGUGCACUGAGAGCUGGAUCAGUAUUUGUCAAUUGCUUUGAUGUCUUUGAUGCUGCAAUUCCUUUUGGUGGGUACAAGAUGAGCGGGCAUGGAAGAGACAAGGGCAUGGAUAGCCUCAAGAACUACUCACAGAUUAAGGCGGUUGUGACUGCAUUGAAGAACCCUGCAUGGUUGUAAUCUUUCAAUGUUACAGUCUUGAUAUUUAUUUUCUGAUGUGCUAGGAAGAUGAUGUUUGAACUCCAAUAAGCUUUAUUGCAAUCCGAAUGUUUAUGGUUUCGGCCAUUUGUCAUAGAAA